CCCCCCCUUGUCUUCUUUCCUUCUUCGCUUCUCCCGGUCCCGCUGUGUUGCCCAGGUGAGAAAUCGCCUUUGCGGUCGCAGCCCUUUUAUUUUCCGUGUUUAAGAUCCAAAUAUCUCUUCCAGAUGAGCAACAACAGUAACAAGAGAGCACCAACCACAGCGACCCAGAGACUUAAACAAGACUACCUGAGAAUUAAGAAAGACCCAGUGCCUUACAUCUGUGCAGAGCCCCUCCCAUCCAAUAUCCUCGAAUGGCACUACGUUGUGAGGGGACCUGAAAUGACGCCCUAUGAAGGUGGCUAUUAUCAUGGGAAACUAAUAUUCCCCCGAGAAUUCCCUUUUAAACCUCCUAGUAUUUAUAUGAUUACACCUAAUGGAAGGUUUAAGUGUAACACAAGGUUGUGUCUUUCCAUCACCGAUUUCCACCCGGACACAUGGAAUCCAGCUUGGUCAGUCUCCACGAUCCUGACGGGCCUCCUUAGUUUCAUGGUGGAAAAGGGCCCCACCCUGGGCAGCAUAGAGACAUCUGAGUUCACAAAAAGACAACUCGCUGCACAAAGCUUAGCAUUUAACUUAAAAGACAAAGUCUUCUGUGAGCUUUUCCCUGAAGUGGUGGAGGAGAUCAAACAAAAACAGAAAGCACAAGAAGAGCUCAACAACAGACCUCCCUCGCUGCCCCUGCCCGACGUGGUGCCCGACGGGGACGCUCACUACGGCCAGAACGGGAUCCCCCUCCUGAACGGGCACGUGGCCCUGGCCCCCGCCAACCCCCCGGGGCUGCAGCAGCCCAACCGCAACCACGGACUCUUGGGCGGAGCUCUGGCGAACUUGUUUGUCAUCGUCGGCUUCGCGGCCUUUGCCUACACAGUGAAGUACGUGCUGAGGAGCAUAGCCCAGGAGUGAGGAGAGCAAA